AGCGACAGCGACAGCGACAGCGACAGCGACAGCAGCAGCGAGUCGGACAGCUCGAGCGCCUCGGACGCCGCGCCCGCACCGAAGUCCACAAAACCCGCGCCGCGCGUGCAGGAGGUCGAGAUGCGCGCCGCCGCGCCGUAUGCGCCGCCCAAGGGCUACGUGCCGGUGUCUGAGAAGGACCGCACGGGCUCAAAGGCCGCUAGGAUCUUCGACAAUCUGCAGGGCAAGCAGGUCUGGCACAUCACCGCGCCCGCGGGCGUGUCGCUGAAGGAGCUGGAGAGCAUUGCGCUGGACAAGGCGAUGAAGGGCGACGCGGUGCUGAGCCAGAAGGGCUCGGACUACGGCUUUUCCACGACAGAAAAGAGCGUCGACGGCCCGCGGGAAGUGCUGGUGCUGCAGAAGAACGGCUACAGCGCCGUCCCCGCCAAGAUCUCGCAGACCCUGCACCUGCAGGAACUCGUCCGCCUCCCCAAACUCAGCGCAAAGCAGGCCGACCCCAACACCGGCUCCGAAGCCGCCGCCUCCAUCACGCGCUCAACCAUCCGCGCCCCGCGCCCGCAGGCCAAAGGCCUGAAGAUGCGCUACCUGCCCCUGGGCUUCGUGGGGGCUGACAGCGGCGGCGUGCUGGGCGAGUCGGACGCCGAGGACGACGCCGUGCCGCAGGCGCACGCGGGGCUGGCGGCGCCGAACGGGCUGAAUGUGCCGGGCAAGGCGAAGCGGAAGCUGGCCGACGCGGGCGAGGAGGCCCCGGCGAAGAAGGUCAGGAAGCAGAGGUCGCCCGAGGAGGUGAGGAAGAGGGACGAGAAGAAGGCGAAGAAGGAGAAGAAGGCCAAGGCAUGAAUGAGUGCAUUGAUUGAGUGAGUUCACGGCGUUUGGGAAAAUCAUGUGGGAGCAUAGCAUUCUGUGUAUAUGAGUUUGGCGUGGGACGAUGGCUCUGGCCACUGUUUGUGGGGAGGUGAGAGCACGUGGACAAUACCCGUCAGUAGUCAAUGUGUCACAAGACUUCGCAGCAGCCAGCUGUCAACAAAACAUACCAUAAAGAGGUAUACAAGAUAUUUCAGCUUUAACGUUAGC